AUGAGCUCUGGGAGCCCGCAUCCGCACGAUGCUGCGCAGCCGGAUGAGCCGCUCAGUGAGGCAGCCCAAGACAGCGGCCUCCACGUUCUCGACCCAGAGCCAGAGCAGGAGCUAGAAACGAUACGAGAGGACUCUCCCCUACUCGCAGCCAGCGACUCUGAUGGAAGUAACGGCGGCAGCUCUGCGGGAAGGCGGCAAGUCGCCGACCCAAGCCAAGCCACCAAAAGCGUUUGGUAUCUCACCCUCUUGACGCUCAGUAUCGGUGGUCUGCAAAUCGCAUGGUCCGUCGAGCUCUCGAAUGGUUCGCCCUAUCUGCUAUCGCUCGGAUUGAGCAAGGCCCUCAUGGCCCUCGUCUGGAUUGCAGGCCCGCUGACCGGCACCCUCGUGCAACCGUACAUUGGCAUCCUGAGCGACAACUGCCGAAUCUCAUGGGGUAAGCGAAAGCCAUUCAUGAUUGGCAGCACAAUCGGUACCAUUUUCUCGCUGCUGUUCCUAUCUUGGGUCAAGGAGAUUAUCGGCAGCAUCUUGUCGCUCUUCGGUAUCCAAGGCGACUCGGACUUUGCCAAGACGACCAUCAUCAUCGCUGCCGUCAUCGGCAUCUACGUCCUCGACGUUGCCAUCAACGCACUCCAGGCUGCCAUCCGCGCCUUCAUCGUAGACUGCGGCCCGGCCCAUCAGCAAGAAGCUGCCAACGCAAUGGCAAGCCGGCUCAUCGGUGUCGGCAACAUCCUAGGCUUCAUUGCCGGUUACGUCAACCUGACCAAGCCACUUUGGUUCUUUGGUCACACUCAGUUCCAAAUUCUCUGUGCCAUUGCCUGUAUAGCAUUAACAAUCACCAUCGUCAUCAGCUGCGCUUUCGUUCACGAACGGGACCCACGCGAGAGCGGCACAUCAGCACCCAAAAAUCCGGGAGUUUUUGCCUUUUUUGUCACACUCUUCAAGUCUAUUAAGAGACUGCCUCCCCAGAUCAAACGUGUUUGCCAGGUUCAGUUUUGUGGUUGGGUCGGCUUCUUCCCCCUGCUCUUCUACUCCUCGUCAUACAUUGGCGAGAUAUACGUCCAGCCGCACUUGGAAAAAAACCCUCAUCUGACGCCAGACCAGCUUGAUGAGCUCUAUGAGCAAGCUACUCGCAUUGGAUCCUUCGCACUACUCGUGAAUUCGAUAGUGAGCCUGCUCACGAAUGUCUUGCUACCAUUCUUCAUUGCACCCACGUACGACAGCCAGACGGCUAUCAGCCAACCCGCGCCUGCGUAUCAAGAGCGACGCGAUCAGAAACGCACCAUGCUCGAUCGUUUACACAUUCCAGGCUUCACACUGAACAGGGCGUGGUUCGGAUCGCUGGUUCUCUUUGCCGGAGCCAUGCUUUGCACACUGGUUGUACGAUCGGUAGAAGCUGCCACGGCGUUGAUUGGCAUUGCUGGCGUCACAUGGGCCAUGACCCUGUGGGCUCCUUACGCCAUCAUCAGUGCUGAGAUCAGCCGCCGCGAUGUGCUGCAGCGUGCUCAGAAGCAUCUACCGGCAGCUCGGGAACCUGCUGAACUUGCGCCUCUAGAGAGGCUGCCGAGCGGAGAAAUGGCAACCGUGGUGGAAGAUGGGGAAGAGCAUGAUGAAGCAGGUGUCAUUAUGGGCAUUCACAAUAUGGCUAUUGCGGCACCUCAGAUCCUCGCCAACGUUGGGUCGAGCAUUAUCUUCAAGAUCUGGCAGAAGCCGCGCGGCACGCCGGGAGACAAGAGCAUCGCGUUUGUGAUGGCCAUCGGCGGAUUGUUUGUUUUAGCGUCAGCUUUCUUUGUGAGGGAUCUAGACGAGAAGAGCCCAUCUCCAAGGAGCGUCGGCGAUGACGAAGAGCACGCGGUGGUUCCCCACGAGUGA